ACUACUGAUGUUUUAUUGAAAACACGACAUGAUCCUCUUGCGUUUGUGUUUCUGGGAGUUCCUUUUCAAUAAAAACAAACGUUUAAUGUUUUCUCCUCCGUUCGUCGCUGAAUUUCUAUAUGCCGACUGGAAUCGUUGCUCUAUUGACUUGUUUCUACACGGACAUAUAAACAGUGCUGGUACGAGUUCCGCUGGUUCUGAGUCAUAACUUGUUACUCGGUGGGAAUUUCAUACAUUUAAAACCACCGUUUUCAGACUAUGUGCUGGAAACUAACGCAGUGCUAGCGACCUCCAAUGAACCUACAUACCGAGGGUUCAGACGUUAGCUCCCCGCGGCCAGAAUGAGCUCUGUGCCGCUGAAGAGGACCUACAAGCAGCUGCCUGUUUGUGUUGUGGAGGACCACCACGACGUGGUGUGUCACAUCUACCGGGCCAUAGCUUCGAGGCAUCUCCCAAUGAAGAACAUAAAGAUGAUUCAUUUGGACUCCCACCCUGACCUCCUCAUCCCUGUCAACAUGUCUGCUGACACAGUGUUUGACAAGGAGAAGCUGUUCGGUGAACUGAGUAUAGAAAACUGGAUAAUGCCGAUGGUGUACGCCGGUCACGUGUCCUCUGUGGUGUGGCUGCAUCCAUACUGGGCCCAGCAGAUUAGAGAGGGAGAACACAGCAUGACUGUGGGCAGAGACUCAUCCACCACCACCAUCAGAGUGACCAGUACAGACAACUACUUCCUCAGCGAUGGUCUUUAUGUGUGCGAGGAGCAGCUGGACAACCCAAAGCAUUUCAGCCUGAGCGUGAUCCGAGUCGAUCCCGUCAGACCAGGUCACGGCUCGCUGACAGAGCAGAGAACAGAAAAGGACACAGAGGAAUGUUCAGUCAAAAGAGCGCGAGCAGAGCGGAGGAAGUCCGGCGAAUCCAGCAGCUCACAGCCUCCGUCAGCAAACACUGACUCGCUGCAACCAGCAGAGGGCAGCACAGCCGAGGAUGGAGCUGACGGCGAUGGCGCAGGAGGAGGCGGUGUCGACGAUGAAGGAUCAACCAGCUACAUCGUGAAGAGAAUAUCUUCAUUUGUAAGUGAGACGGAGCCGUACAUUCUGGACGUCGACCUGGAUUUCUUCUCCUGUAAGAACCCGUUCAAAGAACUGUACACACAGGAGGAGUACGCCAUCCUCCAGGAGCUCUACAGCUUCAGAGGGCCCCGCCUGGAUGCUGAUGAGGAGGAGCUCGGUGAGUGUGUAGAUCAUCGUAUACGCCAGUUAGAAGACCUGGAAGCAGCAUUUGCUGAUCUACUGGAUGAUGAUGGAGAAGAGACGGUUACACGCUGGGCCACAAACCCUGGCAUGGAUUCACUACCUCAACUGGUUUCCAGUCUAAAGGCAAGAAAUUCAUGCCCUGACUAUGAAAUGGUUCACCAGGCAGGGUUAACCUGCGACACAGUCGAGCUUCCUCAUCACAUCAGCUCUGAUGAAGAGAUUGGCAGACUUCUCUCAGCUGUGCAGCUCUUCCUGAAGGUCCUUCCCAAACCCACACUGGUGACAUUGUCCAGGUCCAGUUUGGAUGAAUACUGCCCAGUGGAGCAGGUGGAUUCAAUCCAGAGGAGAGUACUGGCUAUGCUGGAGGGCCUGUAUGGAGCACUAGACGUACACAAAGACUAUGACAACAGCAGCACAGAGACUGGAGAGACUGGAGAGCAGUUGCCACAAGGAUCCUAACAGAUACACAAAACCACAUCUCUCAUUGGGAUGAUUUUAUCAAGAUAAACACAGCAGAUAAAUACUAACACAUCAGCAUGUUAGUGUUGGAAACAGGACAAAUAGUUUGGAGAUUUCCUCCCACAUUGUGUAUAAGUAGGGUCUGGAUCCUUUGUUUGGGAAUUCCCCAGGACCGUGCAGGAGAGCCUUGUUGUGACUGAAUUCCUUCUUGCAAGAAUAAACUCAAAUAUAACUCUAA